CUAUGCCCUACGGUCUCUCCCUUUCCUUGCCUUUAGCUUUUCUUCCCUCCCUCCCUCUCUUCUCUCUCCCUCCUUAGUCCCUAUCCUCGGCCAAAUUCACCUCAAAACUUGGAGAAACUCCUCUUCUAAUCGGUCUCUCUCGUCAUCUUUCUCCAUCCGGAUCGCUUGCUGCACCUGUUGUCUAGGCCUUGAAGAGAUUGCCAGCUUUGGAGGAAAGAUAGGAGGGAGGGUAGGGGAGAGAGGUGGGAGAGAUUGAGAGGAGAUAAGGCUUCUCUGGAUUUGAGGAUGACUCCACCAAACUUAGCAGGGCAGUUUGGAGACACCACUUACACCAAAGUCUUUGUUGGGGGGUUAGCUUGGGAGACCCAAAGAGAGACCAUGAGGAAGUAUUUUGAGCAGUUUGGAGAGAUCUUGGAGGCUGUGGUGAUCACGGACAAGAACACCGGGAGAUCCAAAGGAUAUGGAUUUGUAACAUUCCGUGAGCCUGAGGCUGCAAUGAGAGCUUGUGUUGAUCCCUCGCCGGUGAUCGAUGGGAGGAGGGCUAAUUGCAACCUUGCUUCUCUAGGUGUUCAGAGAUCUAGGCCUACAACGCCCCAACAUGGGGGAAGCAGGAGGUUUAGGGCGACGAAAUCUUUUCAUACUGGGCUUCAAGGUGGGAUGGGAACUGUCUUUCCUUCUCCUGCCACCUUCCCUCAUUAUGCCAUACAGCAAGGAAUCCCGUAUAAUGUCUAUGGGUACUCUCCAUACUCCGCAGAAUACGCUUACCCCAUGAAUUAUUACAAUUUGUAUGGAGGGGCAGCUGCCCAGUAUCCAAUUUAUGGAGGGGGGUCUGGGAUGGUGACUGGAACUGCUGGCUUCUACCCUUACUUCCAGUUUGGUCAGGGAGGUGGGUCUCCAGCCACAUACGGCAGUGGACAUGGCUAUGGCAUGCAGUAUCCUCAGAUGUUCCACUACUCUGGAGUGGCCUCAACUGCAGGGUUGACUGGGCUAACACAACAUUAUGGAGGCCCGCUAUCCAUUGCACCGACCCCCUCGGCACAAGCAGUGUGUUUUCCCUUAAAACAGGCAUGACUAUGGCUCUCUCAGCUCCAACUCUGCCAACUCCAGCUGCCCAUCCUUACAGACUCAUCCCUGCUCACUUCACCGCAUCAACAGCACCUGAGCAAUCCUUGGCUUAACCAUGGUUUUAUUAUCCCAUCUCCGUCAUCCUUCUCUUUUCUUCGUGCUCCUUCCCUGUGCUUGUCUGCCCUUGUUUCCAUCUCUAACACAAACUUUAGACCUCAGGGUCAUCCCUUCAAAUUUAGUCCCCAGGGGGACUAAAAAGAACCACUUCCAAGUUUGGAGAAGUGUCCCAAGUCCCACUUGUUUAAAUGGUGGCCGAAGAAUUCCCAUCUUGCUGUAGCCCUAGGGAUGGGCUCAAAGCACCUACAACCCAGGGUGGGGUUGUGUUGAAAUGACACCAUUCACCAGCUAUGGCACUCCAUGCGCAGGAAACCUUCUAACCCUAGCCCAAGGAGGAUUUUGAGUUAAAACAAAACCCAACUUGGACUCAACCCAAGGCCAAGGAGGCUCUGGGAUAAAGAAGACUUGGACAGUGAAGCCUAGCCCAAGGAGGGCUUAGGUAACACCAACCCAACUGGGACUCAGCAUUGUGAAAAAAAAAUAACCUAAUAAGCAAGUGUGGCAUCAUCAUCCAAUGGGUCAAAUCCCUCAAGAAGGAAAGAUGCAUUUGGCCAAACCCUAGGGCAAAGGCAAGCCCUAGUCCAUGCUAGCUCUAAUCUUAGCCUUGGACAGGCUGAAGUAAUUCUUAACCUAGUGAAUUAUGACCCUUCUCCAACCUUCAGAACCUCCUUCCUCACUCAACCUACCAACUUUUCUAAUCUUCACUUAUAAAAAUUUAGUGCAACCAGCCACUCACUUACCUAGGCAAAGGUAAGAUACCUUCACUAACCCUCUUUGUUACCAAUUCUGUACAUUGAAGCGGCUAGGCUCCAAGGGGAGUUUUAGCCUUAAUCCAAGACUGGAUCAGAGGAGUGCUAAUGUUUGUUUUUGGCAUUUAGCGCUACCUCCUGCCACCAACUUCAGAUGAACUUCAUUGAUGGCUUUGAAGUUCCAACCACCCCUAACUGUUCCUCAUUAACAAGACCCCAGGGAGAUAUUUUUGGUCUCUUGGGUCCCACCUCCUCUAACACCUCCAACACUACCAUGGUUAGAUCCAAGAGUCAUCUCUCGCUCUCUAUCUGUCUCUCUCCAUCUGUCUGUCUCUCUAUCUUUAUUUGUCUAUCUAUCUGUCUCCCACUCGCUCUUGUUUUACAUUUACAGACUUUGAUGCUUUUAUGUGUACUUUUAUAAGACAUGGAUUGUAAUAAGCAAGCAUGCUACUCUAGGACCAAACUGAUGUUAUCUAUAUUCUAAGCCACAUGAUGAUGGACUUAGCUGAUGUUGCUGUAGUUUAAAGCUCCUUUUUGCUGUGCUUGUACAUCAAAGUUAACUUUUCCCCCAUAUCA